AUGAACGCUCUCCGAUCAAGUUCCGCAUUCGCUCGCCGCUCGCUCACCCCUCUCUCUGCCCCUCUCUCUUCUUCUCUUCUCUCUUCCUCCUUCUCAACCUCCACUCGAUCUAUCUCAACCUCAUUCUCCCGCACUUCUCGCGCUGUUGUAUCUCCCCGCUGGUCCGGCCCAAUUCCUCUGAACUUCGCUCAAAUUCGCACGAUGGCUUCCGAGACCAAGAUCAAGGUUAAGAACCCGGUGGUGGAGUUGGAUGGUGAUGAGAUGACCCGCAUCAUCUGGCAGGAAAUCAGAGAAAAGUUGAUUCUGCCUUACCUCGACAUUGACCUUAAGUACUACGAUCUCGGUAUUGAGUACCGUGACCAGACCGAUGACAAGGUCACCGUUGAGGCCGCCGAGGCCAUCAAGAAGUACGGUGUUGGUGUCAAGUGUGCCACUAUCACUCCUGAUGAGGCCCGUGUUGAGGAGUUCAAGCUGAAGAAGAUGUGGCUCUCCCCCAACGGCACUAUCCGUAACAUUCUUGGCGGUACCGUGUUCCGUGAGCCCAUUGUCAUUCCCCGUAUUCCCCGCCUGGUCCCUGGCUGGACCAAGCCUAUUGUUAUUGGUCGUCACGCCUUCGGUGACCAGUACCGUGCCCAGGACCGUGUCAUCACCGGCCCGGGUAAGCUUGAGCUCGUCUACACCCCCGUCGGUGGCGAGCCCGAGCGUGUCCAGGUCUACGACUUCCAGGGUGGUGGUGUCACCCAGUGCCAGUACAACACCGAUGAGUCCAUCGCUGGCUUCGCCCACUCCUCCUUCCAGAUGGCCCUCAUGAAGGGUCUCCCCCUGUACAUGAGCACCAAGAACACCAUCCUCAAGAAGUACGAUGGUCGCUUCAAGGACAUCUUCGAGGAGAUCUUCGAGAAGAGCUACAAGAAGGACUUCGAGGCCAAGGGUAUCUGGUACGAGCACCGUCUGAUCGACGACAUGGUCGCCCAGAUGAUCAAGUCCGAGGGUGGCUUCGUCAUGGCCCUCAAGAACUACGACGGUGAUGUCCAGUCCGACAUCGUCGCCCAGGGAUUCGGCUCUCUCGGCCUGAUGACCUCCACUCUGACCACCCCUACCGGCGAGGCCUUUGAGUCUGAGGCCGCUCACGGCACCGUCACUCGUCACUACCGCGAGCACCAGAAGGGCCGCGAGACCUCCACCAACCCCAUUGCCUCCAUCUUCGCCUGGACCCGCGGUCUCAUCCAGCGUGGCAAGAUCGACAACACCCCUGAAGUUGUCGCCUUUGCUGAGGAGCUCGAGAAGGCCUGUACCGACGUCGUUAACGACGAGGCUAUCAUGACCAAGGAUUUGGCUCUUGCUUGCGGCCGUAAGGACCGUGAGGCUUGGGUUACUACCGGCGAGUACAUGGCUGCUGUUGAGCGCAGACUCAAGGCCAACCUCAAGGCUCGCCUGUAA